GGCUAUGAAAGCGUUACCACCAGACCCCCCCGAGGAGGAUGACCGUGAGGAGAAGAUCUAUGGAAAUGUGCUGGCUGAGUUGGAGUCUGUGGACUUGCCUUUGGGGACCACACUGAGAUCGGUCUACGAUGACCAGCCCAACGCCCACCGCCGCUUUAUGGAGAAGCUGGACGCCAGGAUACGGAACCACGACCGCGAGAUCGAGAAGAUGUGCAAUUUCCACCACCAGGGCUUUGUGGACGCCAUCACAGAGCUGCUCAAAGUCCGGGCGGAUGCAGAGAAACUCAUGGGACAAGUGAGGGAGACCAACCAGAGACUUCAGGAGGCCGGGAAAGAGGUGAUGGCCCAGAAGGAGGAGGUGGUGCGCUGCCGUCUACAGCAGCGGAACAUGGCCGUCACCGUGGAGAAGCUGCAGCUCUGCAUCCCGGUCCUUGAAAUGUACAGCAAGCUGAAAGAGCAGCUGGAAUCUAAAAGAUACUACGCGGCACUGAAGACCAUGGAGCAGCUGGAGAACGUGUACAUCCCACGCGUGGGCCAGUACCGCUUCUGCCAGAUCAUGGCGGAGACACUGCCCAAGCUGCGACAGGAGAUCAAGGACGUCUCCAUGUCCGACCUCAAGGACUUCCUGGAGAGCAUCCGCAAGCACUCCGACAAGAUCGGGGAGACAGCCAUGAAACAGGCGCAGCAGCACCGCACAUUCAUCAGUGCCAUGCAGCGGCAGGCCAACCUGGGCUGCACCAAGCCGCUGUACUCCCUAAACGGCCGCACCCCCACACAGCACAAUGGAGGGCUGGACAUAGACGGCAGCGCAGAGGAGGACGACUCGGAGGAAGAGGUUUUAACAGCACAAGAUCUGGUAGAUUUCUCUCCAGUCUACCGGUGUUUGCACAUCUACACAGUUCUGGGCGACAGGGAGACAUUUGAAAAUUAUUAUCGGAAACAGCGGAAGAAACAAGCCAGACUUGUCCUGCAGCCUCAGUCCAACAUGCAUGAAACUGUGGAAGGCUACAGAAAGUAUUUCAACCAGAUAGUUGGGUUCUUUGUGGUGGAGGACCACAUUCUCCAUGCGACGGAGGGGCUGGUGACGAGAGCCUUCACAGACGAGCUUUGGAACAUGGCCCUCUCCAAAAUCAUCGCCGUCUUACGCACACACUCGUCAUAUUGCAGUGAUCCAGACCUGGUCCUGGAGCUGAAAAACAUGAUUGUGAUAUUUGCAGACACUUUACAGGGCUAUGGCUUUACAGUGAACAGACUGUUUGAUCUCCUGUUUGAGAUCCGAGAUCAGUACAACGAGACUCUGCUGAAGAAAUGGGCUCUGGUCUUCAGGGAGAUAUUUGAACAGGACAACUACAGUCCAAUCCCUGUGGAGACAGAAGAGGAGUACAGAUCGGUCAUCAGCAGGUUCCCCUUUCACGACGCAGAAAUUGAGAAGCAACCGUUUCCAAAGAAGCUGCCCAUGUCUCAGUCGGUGCCUCAGAUGUACACACAGGUGAAGGAGUUCAUCUACGCCAGCCUUAAGUUCUCCGAGUCUCUACACCGCAGCUCAACGGAAAUCGAUGACAUGUUGCGCAAGUCCACAAACCUGCUGCUGACGAGGACUCUGAGUAGCUGCUUACAGAACCUCAUCAAGAAACCCCACAUAGGCCUCACCGAGUUGGUUCAGAUCAUCAUCAACACUACACACCUAGAGCAGGCCUGCAAGUACCUGGAGGACUUCAUCACCAACAUCACCAACGUCUCCCCGGAAACGAUCCACACCACACGCCUCUACGGCCUCGCCACCUUCAAGGAUGCACGGCACUCUGCGGAGGGCGAGAUCUACACCAAGCUGAAUCAGAAGAUCGACGAGUUCAUCCAGCUGGCUGACUACGAGUGGGGCAUGGCGGAGUCGGACGGCCGCGCCAGCGGAUACCUCAUGGACCUCAUCAACUUCCUGCGCAGCACCUUCCAGGUCUUCACACACCUGCCGAAUAACAACAAUGACCAUGCAGCGAUGUCGGGCAAGGUGGCCCAGACAGCGUGCAUGUCGGCGUGUAAGCACCUGGCCAGCUCCCUGAUGCAGAUGCUGCUGGACCCUGAUCUCAAGCAGGUCAGCCUGGGGGCCAUCCAGCAGUUCAACCUGGACGUCAUCCAGUGCGAAUUGUUUGCCAGUUCGGAGCCCGUCCCUGGUUUCCAAGGAGACACCUUGCAGCUGGCCUUCAUUGACCUGAGACAGCUUCUGGACCUUUUCAUGGUGUGGGACUGGUCCACGUACCUGGCUGACUAUGGCCAGCCCACCUCCAAGUACCUGCGUGUCAACCCCUCCACAGCUCUGGCUCUCCUGGAGAAAAUGAAGGACACCAGUAAGAAGAACAACAUCUUCUCCCAAUUCCGCAAGAACGACCGGGACAAACAGAAGCUGAUAGAAACGGUGGUCAAGCAGCUCCGGAGCCUGGUCAACGGGAUGUCCCAGCACUCCUAGACACACACACACACACACACACACACACACACACACACACACACACACACACACACACACACAGUCACCCAUCCUACCAUCCGACCCACACAAACACACACAAGCUACGGUUCACCUGACUGGAACGAACUGAUCGGUGAAUGUGGAACCGGUGUCAAAGAGCGGAUAUGAAAGAAAACACCCAGAAAGAGACAUUUUGGUUUGAUGUAAAAACCUGAAAGCUGUCGAACUACACACGGUUAAAAAAAAAGAGAUUUUUAUUCAUUUCAUUAAUUUUCCUCCGUAUUGGAAGAAAUUGUAUUUUAAUUUUAUUUGUGUUAUUGACUUGUUUUGUUUUGUUUAUUGUACUCGUCUAAUGAUUGUAUCACCACAUUGGAUGGUGUGUUGAAACAGAAGUGGAGAUCCUUCAGAAGGGGAGUGAUGAGGAGAAAUGAUGAAGUCCAGCUAGAGGAGACUGAGGUUCUCACUAAACUCCUUCUCUCUCUCUCUCUCUCUCUCUCUCUCUCUCUCUCUCUCUCUCUCUCUCUCUCUCUCUCUCUCUCUCUCUCUCUCUUUGUUAUUCUCUCUUUCAUUUCAUCUCUCCAUUUCUCUCUCUCUCACACACACACACACACACACACACACACACACACACACACACACACACACACACACACACAGAUAAACAUGCAGUACAUGCACACCACACUCCUGAUGUAGUUUUUCCAUGUAAAUAUAUUUCAGUAUAUAUUUAACACUACAGCAGCUCUCUCCCUGCUAAACUGGCUUGAAACUAAUUUGGCUUUGAAAUGUCUGAGGAGCCAAAACAAAAAAGAAACGCAUGAAUAUUUUUCUUUCUGUCCUGAUUUUCUUUCUUUAUUUAUUUUCUUUUUUUUUGGUUAUUCAAAAAUUAGUAAAUUAAUUUGUCGUUUAACCCACAUGUAAUUCAUCCCAUGAGGAAUCAUUUGUGAAGGAAAAAGGAAGUCUAUCUCAUUUCACAACAUGAUGUUUUUAACAUCUCAAAAUUUUCCUUAGAAUGGUAUGUGUGCGUGCAUGCGUGUGUGUGCGUGUGCAUAUGCGUGUGUGCGUGCUGCGUGCAUGCAGGUUUGUUUGUGUUCGUGUGUGGGUGUGUGUUUUGUUUUGUUUGCCUCAGGGUAACUUGGUGUCUCUUUGGGUUGUGAUGCUUUAGAAGCUGAUGCUUGUGUGUAUGGAAGAGGGUGACGAGCAAUAACUGAUCUUGUUGGGCUGUCUAUCAAGCAUCCAUUUCGACGAGGGAAAGGAGAAGUUCUGCAAACGUUUUGUGAUUGGUUGAUUGUUUGACUGAUUGAUUCCUUUGGAUCCUGCUCUGAAUUGCUCUCUCUCUUCAGGCAUUUUUUGCACUGAAAUUAUUUAAGUUUGAUUUUUUUAUUAUUAUUUUAAUUUUAAAUAGAUGCUUGUGUAAUUACAAAAUGUCAUUGUAUAUACCACCUAUUUUGUUAAAAAAAGAAAAGAAAAAAGAAUUGCAGAAGGAUGUUAACCUCUGCAGCAAUUUUAAGAGAUGGAAUAUGUAAAUGCAUCUCCCCUUAUGCUAAAUAUGUAAGUAGAGUUUGAAAUUGUACUUAAAAUUGAACAGACACAAGUUUACCAUAUGCAAUGAAAAAAGGGGGUGGGGGGCACUAGACUUGCUCCCCCCUCUACUCCCCUCUGUCGUCUCUGCAUAGCCGAAACAAAUACGACUCUGCCAUUCAGCAUUUCAACAUUCCUGUGUGAAGCAGCCAGCGAUGUAAGUGCGCACCGGGGACAUUUGAAAACGGCCACGGGGCCGUAUUGCACCCUUGCCAUGAACCUACAAUAAUCAUCCCCGUCCCCUCCCUUCCCCUCUCCCGGGUCCCUCCUCCUUCCUCCCUCCCUCCCACUCCACUGACUGCUAUCUUUCAUCAAGAUCCUCAUCUGUUUUUAUUUGUGUGCUAUAAUAAAAUGUGAUCACUUUA